AACUCCUCCAACGCACUCUUCACCAAAUGAGAAACCACCUCUCCCUCUCUCUCUCUCUCUCUCCAUCCUCCUCUUGGGUUUCUUCUGCUCUGCGACACGGACAUCGUUUUGCCUCCAUUGAAGCGCGCGGGUGGUUCUUGUUUCGGUUCAAUGCACACAUUAGCAUAAGGGGCGCUCAAAUAAAAUCGGCAUUUUCGAGAAUGAUAAUUAGCAUCAAAGAGUCGACUAUGGUGUGUCCGGCUGAGGACACGCCGAGACGUGCCCUGUGGAAUGCCAAUGUGGACUUGGUGGUCCCGAGCAUGCACACGCCAAGCGUGUACUUCUACCGGCCAACCGGAUCUGCUGACUUCUUCGAUGCCGGAGUGCUGAAAGAGGCGCUGAGCAGAGCGUUGGUGCCGUUUUACCCAAUGGCCGGGCGAUUGAAGAGGGAUGAAGAUGGCCGGAUCGAGAUCGAUUGCAAUGCCAAGGGCGUGCUGUUUGUUGAGGCUGAGACGAGCUCGUUGGUCGAUGAUUUCGGGAAUUUCGCACCCACUUUGGAGCUCCGGAAGCUUAUUCCCGCUGUGGAUUACUCUGGUGGGAUAUCCUCGUACCCUAUUUUGGUGCUACAGGUUACAUACUUCAAGUGUGGUGGAGUUUCGCUUGGUGUUGGCAUGCAGCACCAUGUGGCCGAUGGACUUUCUGGUCUACACUUUGUGAACACAUGGUCCGAUCUGGCUCGUGGACUUGACAUUAAGCUACCUCCAAUUAUCGACCGGACCGUUCUGCGCGCCCGCAGCCCACCACGGCCUCAAUUCCCUCAUACCGAAUACCAGUCUCCACCUGCAUUGCAAGUUUCUCCUGAAACUACUCAUUCAGCUCCAUAUAGCACUACUGUUUCUAUUUUCAAAGUUACUCGGGAACAGUUAGAUACCCUGAAGACACAGGCAGAAUUAGAAAAUGGAAACACCGCUAGUUAUAGUUCCUAUGAGAUGUUGGCAGGUCAUGUUUGGAGAUGUGUGUGCAGAGCACGCGGACUUGCAGAUGAUCAAGACAGUAAAUUGUACAUUGCGACAGAUGGACGGAUGAGAUUGUCUCCACCACUUCCGCAGGGUUAUUUUGGCAAUGUGAUCUUUACAGCCACGCCAAUCGCUGUUGCAGGCGAUCUCCAAUCAAAACCAGUAUCUUAUGCUGCAUGGAAGGUCCGUGAGUCGCUGGUGAGAAUGGACGACGAUUACCUAAGAUCUGCCCUUGAUUACUUGGAGCUCCAGCCUGAUCUCUCGGCACUGGUUCGCGGGGCGCAUACUUUUAGGUGUCCAAAUCUGGGCAUUACUAGUUGGGUCAGGUUGCCUAUCCAUGACGCAGACUUCGGUUGGGGGCGCCCUAUCUUCAUGGGGCCUGGCGGGAUUGCAUACGAGGGAUUGUCGUUCAUAUUGCCUAGCCCAACCAGUGACGGGAGCUUUUCUGUUGCUAUCUCAUUGCAAACGGAGCACAUGAAACAGUUUGAGAAAUUCUUGCACGACUUCCCUGGUGAACUCCCACGAAAAAGGUGCAAGCUUGACGACUGAGUUCUAAUACCAAUGGAAAAGAUGUUUCUUCUUUCCUUCUACCUAGUUUCAUCAAAGAAAUCUUUUGCGCAUGUCAUUCAUUCGUAAUGCAAAGUGCACCAAUGCGGCUGUACGCCGCAAUGGGAUCCCUACAUGCAUCGCACAGGGCUCACAGAAUUUGUACUAUAUUUUGAAGUUACAAUUUACAAUCUAAAGCUAGAUAUGCUUU